CCAUACUUCCCACAUGCCAUCACUGUACGGCAACCCCACCAUUGUCUGCAAUGACAAUGGCACCUGCCCUGCCCCCCCUCCGCCGCCUCCAAGCCCAUUCCCCUCAGCUGCACAGCCAGCCAAUCCCACGUCGCCAGCUGGCAGCGACUCCAGCUCCCUUGUGACUGCCAAUACCUCUGCUCCCAACACCACCUGCCAUGUGUGCCAGAGCUACUGCAUCGGGUGCUCCUCUGGUUCCGCAGAGCCCCCCAGCACGUCCACCAGCACCCUGUCACCGGGAGCCAUAGCAGGCAUUGUGGUGGCUGCACUCCUGGCUCUCAUCACCCUCACUGUCCUCCUCUGGCUCUGCUUCCGUCGAUCCGAACCCGCGUGCAAGCAGUACUCCCUGGAGGAGAUACAGCAGGCCACCAACUUCUUUUCAGAGGUCAACCUGAUCGGCUCGGGUGGCUUCAGCGACGUGUACAAGGGAGUGGACCCAAACAACCCGUCAGUUGUUUGGGCAGUGAAGAGGGCGACGAUGCUGAGCAACGACUUCAAGCGACAGGUGGCAGCCAUGGCACGUCUGCAGCACCCGUGCCUGGUGCCACUGCUGGGGUACUGCAUCGACUACAACGAGGCCAGCAAGCAGAUGGAGCAGAUCAUUGUGUCGCAGUUCAUGCCCAAUGGGGACCUCUCGCACUGGACCAAGCCAGGUGCCAAGGCAAUCUCGUUGCGCCGGCGGCUGGCGGUGCUCAUCGAUGUGGCAGGCGGGCUGAAGCACCUCCACAGCCACCGGUUCGUGCACCGCGAUGUGAAGCCAGCUAACGUGCUGCUGGAUGCACAGAUGCAGGCAAAGGUGGCGGAUUUCGGCUUCAUGCGCAUGAUGGAAGCAACCACUGUGAACCCCACGCGGGUGAUGGGCACACCGGGCUAUGUGGACCCCGAGUACCACCAGUCGCACCUUGCCACCACUGCCACCGAUGUCUACAGCUUCGGAGUGCUGAUGCUGGAGCUACUCACAGGCAGGGAGCCCAUGCUCUCAGUCAAUGGCUCUCAGUCGCACAUCCGAGACUGGGCGGCUGCAGAGCUCUCUAGCGGCGAUGUCAGCUCCAUCAUAGACCCCCGGAUGGUCUCUCCUGCUACUUCUGGCGUCAGCAUGGUGUCUGAUGACGUCAUGCAGCGCCUCAUAACCCUGGCCAUGGCAUGCACUGCCACUCCUGCUGCCUCGCGCCCCUCCAUGGCCAAAGUGCUCCCAGAGCUCAAGAAGAUCCGAGAGGAGGUAGUGAGGAGGGAGAGGGAGGGCGGAUUGGAGGAGAGUGAGUUCCCACCAGGAGUCGGAAUGGGCGUGGCAGGAGUGGGUGGGGUGGUGAAAGAGAAGUGGGAACCAGCAGCUGCAGCGUCACUGGGGAGUGUGAGUGGGAUAACUGCUAUGAGGGAUACGAUAGGCAGUUCAGAGGGGAAUGAGAGCUCCAGUGCUGGCGAGAGGACGAGUGGGGAGGCGAGUGGGAGCGUGGCUGAUUCUCACAAGUGAAUGGACUGCAUGUGAGAGUCAUCAGGGUGAAGAUGUACAUAUUAGAGAUUCUCAUAUGGAAGAACUCUUCAGAAUAUCAAUAGUCAGGACUAGGCAUCUGAAGUCGGGAGACUUGACUGACUCAUUGUUGGGCGUGCUGAUUACCUUAUGGCAAUAAGAGAUUGUCUUGGAUCCUAGGAGUCCAAAAAUCAAGAAAUAGAUGGUCUGUUUAUUCAGUGAGCUGUUAAUAAAAACAUGAGUAUUCA